AUGCCGUUCCGGCGUCAUCGCGGGCGACUCGAGUCGCUCCAGAAUCCCAAACGACCUCGCCCCCACUCCAGCGGCGUUUGUUCCAGUGCAAGUGAUCGGUAUAUAUACCGCCAAAGGCGACGAGACAGGCACAUCAGUUCCAGUCCUCUGGAAGAAGAGGACUCAGGGUACCGUCAAGGAUCCACCGUCAGGACUACGAGGAUCGUCAUGAGGACCACAGCACUGGUUCUGGGAUGGGCGCUGCUGGCGGCAGCUGUGGUGUACGCCGAGGAGGCUCCGGUCGCCAAGAAGGUUGACAAGCGGGGCAUCUUCACCAUCGGCAGCGGCCUCGGCCUCGGAGGCGGCUACGGUGGCGGCUACGGCUACGGCGGCGGCUAUGGCGGCGGAUAUGGGGGCGGAUAUGGAGGUGGAUACGGAGGUGGAUACGGAGGCGGCUACGGAUAUGGUCUGGGUGGUGGUCUCUCCUCUGGUGCGAUAGGAGGCGCAGUAAUCAGUGGUGGCGGCUUGGGAGGCUCUUAUGGUGGCGGCCUGGGAUUAGCCGCAGGUGGUAUCGGAGGCGGCAUCGGAGGUGGAGCUGGUGGUCUGGCAUUGGCUUCUGGAGGAGGACUGGGUCUCGCUGCUGGAGGCCUCGCAGGCGGUGCCGCCCUGGGUGGUGGAGCUGCCGCAGUGGGCGGAGUGUCGCAGACCGUCCUGAGAACAGUCACCGUCCCGGUACCUGUGCCACAGCCGGUCCCCGUACCGGUGUCCCGCCCCGUUCCCGUGUCCGUACCCGUACCCCAGCCAUACCCCGUCAGAGUCCCGGAACCGGUGCCUGUCAGAGUGCCUCAGCCGUACGCUGUCAGGGUACCCCACCCCGUCCCCGUAGCAGUCGACCGCCCCGUUCCUGUCCCCGUACCCCAGCCCGUGCCCGUGUCCCGACCGGUCCCCGUACCUGUUCCCGUACCCCAGCCGUACCCCGUCAGGGUACCCCACCCCGUGCCAGUCUCCGUCCCCCAGCCGUACCCCGUCCCCCAGCCCGUACCAGUGCCAGUGUCCACUGGCGUUAGCGCUGCUGUCGUGCCCAUCGCUACCACCGGCAUCAUCGCCGGAGGCGGAGGACUCGGAGGCGGAAUCGGAGGAGGAAUCGGAGGAGGAUUUGGAGGCGGACUGGGAGGCGGCAUUGGAGGCGGCUUGGGAGGCGGCCUGGGAGGUGGCCUGGGAGGAGGCUUGGGAGGAGGCUUGGGAGGCGGCCUAGGAGGCGGCGCUAUCAUCUCUGGAGGUGGAAUCGGGGGCGGUCUUGGAUAUGGCUACGGAAGAGGUGGGCUCGCAUACGGAGGUGGUAGCCUCAUCGGUGGCGGAAUUGGUGGAUCCUACGGAGGCGGUACCAUCGUGAAGGUACUCCCGGCAGCCACCAGUUUCUCCUCGGGAGGCAGCUACGGCUCACUCUACAAGACCUACCUCAAGCACUGA